CUAGCAGAUGAAUGGAGUCAGCUCAAUGAGGCCUUACAAGCAGAGAGACAGCUCUAUAGCAGUCUGGUGAAGUUCCAUGCCCAUCCAGAGAGGUUGUUGAGAAGAAUUAAAGUGAUUCAUAACUUCAUGCUUGAACCUGGGAGGUGGAGGUUGCAGUGAGCUGAGAUCAUGCCAUUGCACUGCAGCCUGGGCAACAAGAGUGAAACUCCGUCUUAAAUAAAUAAAUAAAUAAAGUAGUUCAUAACAUCAGAUGAAGAAGGAGGUGCAGCUGCAGGGGAUGACACCGAAGAUGCAAGCACUGAGUUCAUUGACAGUAUUGAGGAGGCCGCACACCAUAGUCACCAGCAAAUUCAGCUGUGUCCCCUCCAGUCCGGGAUGUUGGUAUGAAUUCCCAAGCUCUGGUCCUCCCCAGCUCUGCUUCCUCUACUUCUGGCUCAGAAACGGCCAUAAUCAACAGAACAAAUGGCUUGGGUUUGGAUACUUCUCCAGUAAUGAAGACCCCUCCCAAGCUGGAGGGUGAUGCUACUGAUGGCUCCUUUGCCAAUAAGCAUGGCCGCCAUGUCAUUGGCCACAUUGAUGACUACAGUGCCCUAAGACAGCAGAUUGCAGAGGGCAAGCUGCUGGUCAAAAAGAUAGUGUCUCUUGUGAGAUCAGCGUGCAGCUUCCCUGGCCUUGAAGCCCAAGGCACAGAGGUGCUAGGCAGCAAAGGCAUUCAUGAGCUUCGGAGCAGCACCAGUGCCCUGCACCAUGCCCUAGAGGAGUCGGCUUCCCUCCUCACCAUGUUCUGGAGAGUGGCCCUGCCAAGCACCCACAUCCCUGCGCUGCCUGGCAAAGUGAGAGAAUCGACAGAAAGGGAACUUCUGGAACUGAGAACCAAAGUAUCCAAACAGGAGCGGCUCCUUCAGAGCACAGCUGAGCGUCUGAAGACUGCCAAGCAGCAGAAGGAGAGCAUGGAACAGUUCAUUGUCAGCCAGCUAACCAGAACACAUGAUGUUUUAAAGAAGGCAAGGACUAACUUAGAGGCAAGGAAACUACUGCACCAGUCAGAGGCACCAAGCCUGUCCCCAACCCAUCACCAUCUGUUAGCAGAUCUUGUAGGUGAUGCUUGGCCUGCUUUCACCUUCCAAGAGAAGAUUUCCAGUCCACUUGCAAGAUCACAGGUGAAAUCCCUAAGGGCUCUGCCAUGUACUCCAGCCUUGUGACCCUUGCCUUCCAGGAACCAUGCAAGAAGUGCAGCCACCAGAAGUCCUUAAAACAUCAGGAAAGGUUGGCCUGUCCCCCUUUUGUGCAGCUACCUAUCUGCUGAGGAGCAUCUGGGCCUCAUUCCUCCAAGUCCACUGGAGGGUCCAGAAGAGGGAGUCAGAGAUGUAUCCUGGUGGAGCUGGGAGAAAGGCAGAAAGCCUUUCUGACAGCUAUGGAAUACGAUUAGCCAAGGUCCACUUGGCCCAGCACUAAGCAAAAGAUGUGUAGUUUGCACAGAAGGUUUUGUGAUACUGCCUCUCAACAGCCCCAGCAGCUUGGGAACUAGCAACAGCACAUUUCUUGCCUCAUCAGCUGUCCUGA